GAACACGUCGCCGAGCGGAAUUCAGGCCAUGUCAACACGAAGAUGCCUAGAGAGAUAAUCACUCUUCAAGCUGGCCAGUGCGGCAACAGCGUGGGGAGCCAAUUCUGGCAACAACUUUGUCAGGAACAUGGCAUAAGUCAAGAUGGCAAUCUGGAAGACUUCGCGACAGAGGGCGGUGAUAGAAAAGACGUCUUCUUCUACCAGUCCGACGAUACGAGAUAUAUUCCUCGAGCGAUAUUGCUAGAUUUCGAACCAAGGGUCAUCCACGGUAUCCAGACUGGCUCAUAUAAGAACAUCUAUAAUCCCGAGAAUUUCUACGUUGGCAAAGAUGGCGUUGGAGCAGGAAACAACUGGGCUGCAGGCUACGCUACGGGUGAGACGGUUCACGAGGAGAUCAUGGAGAUGAUUGAUCGAGAGGCAGACGGCAGCGACUCCUUGGAGGGAUUCAUGCUUUUACAUUCGAUUGCAGGCGGGACCGGAUCUGGACUUGGCAGUUUCCUUCUGGAAAAGCUCAAUGACAGAUUUCCCAAGAAGCUCAUCCAGACGUAUUCCGUUUUCCCAGAUUCCCAGAGCGGAGGAGACGUUGUUGUGCAUCCUUAUAAUAGCUUAUUGGCGAUGAGACGACUGGCCCAAAAUGCAGACGCUGUGACAGUUUUGGACAACGGCGCGCUCUCUCGCAUCGCAGCGGAUAGACUACAUACCUCGGAGCCAUCUUUUCAACAGACAAACCAACUUGUCUCUACGGUCAUGUCAGCUAGCACGGCCCCGCUACGGUAUCCUGGUUACAUGCACAAUGAUCUUGUGGGCAUUAUAGCUUCUUUGAUACCAACCCCUCGAUGCCAUUUCCUCAUGACUUCCUACACGCCGUUUACCGGGGAAAACGUGGAGCAAGCCAAGACUGUACGGAAGACCACUGUACUGGAUGUGAUGCGGCGGCUUUUGCAGCCAAAAAAUCGCAUGGUUUCCACAAACCCUGGAAAGAAUAGUUGUUAUAUUUCUAUCCUCAAUGUCAUUCAAGGCGAGGCCGACCCCACGGAUGUGCACAAAUCCCUUCUACGCAUUCGCGAACGUCGACUCGCUACAUUUAUCCCCUGGGGCCCGGCCAGCAUCCAGGUUGCACUGACCAAGAAGUCACCUUAUAUUCCCAUGUCACAUCGGGUCAGUGGACUCAUGCUUGCCAACCACACUGGCAUCGCUGCACUUUUCAAGCGGAUUGUCGCUCAGUACGACCGACUACGGAAGCGGAAUGCGUUCCUGGAGCAGUACAAGAAGGAGGCACCAUUUGCUGAAGGUCUUGGGGAAUUUGACGAAGCUCGAGCUGUAGUCCACGACCUGAUAGCCGAGUAUGAAGCAGCGGAGGGGAUUGAUUAUUUGGACCCUGAUGCUGGAAAGGAAGGCCUUGGGGAAUGAGCUGAGCUACAGUAAAUCCGAACUUGAAUGGCAUUAUUUCGCAAUAGGCGCAAAACUUGCAGUUGUGGUAUGGGAAUAUUUAUUUUUGGCGCAAAUAGAUUAUGAUUGAUGAAACUUAUAAUUUUCUUAUCUCCAUAUGCAGCUCUCUUAAAAAUCGGAUGUUCUCAUUAUUUGUGUAGCACCUCCGCUGCUCCCAGCUUGUCGCUGAUCGGCCAUGGCGCUUGGAGGUGCUCUCACAGGAUGACAAUA